GCAAAGUGAACUGGCCACUCCCACUUCUUGUAGACUAUCCUUUUUGGUUCCCAAUGCCAAAACCCAUAACUCAAAAAUAUUUAUCUUUUUGAUAUUUUGCCGCCUCCAUUAAAAUCUCCCGUCUCACAUACUCUCCAUUAUCAUCUCUCUCUGUCUGCAGCUCUUAAGGCUUCUCAUUAGCACACAAAUGAGCAAGAAAACCAAACCCAGAACCACAUUUUAGCUAAUGAACACUAUGCAUUACCACAUCACCAAAUUUAAACCGAAUUGUCUGGUCUAUAUGCAGCACUUGCAAAACAUAAAAAGAUCGAUCUUUGCCUUUCUCCUGUGCAUACCAACUUCACUUCUUGCUCUUAUACUCUUUCUCUUACUUUUUUAUAAUGGUUUCACUGUUUUCUACUUUCACCUUCCCUUUCCCUCCAAUCCUCUGCCAGAACCCGCCAAUUUCUCACAGGGAAAUCUUGCUAAAAAUUCUUUUAAAAAGCUCCCAGCUUCAGUGAUGUAUGCAGUGAAAGAAGAUACCCCACCCGUGAUUUUAAAGACCCUUUUGCCACUUUUGCAAAAUCCAGCCAUUACAAUGAUACCAAUUAACCAUUCUGUGGUUUUUAAGCCAAAUAAGACUCACGGAUACGAAGCUGUGAAGAGGAUGCUGAGGUCUGCCGACAAUUUAAAGCGGUUCUCAACAAGAGUAAGAGAAUUCUUUGGGAAUCAUGGAUGUAAGGUUAGGUUCUUUAUGACUUGGAUUUCUUCUUUGAAGUCGUUUGGUGAUAGAGAGUUUUUUUCUGUUGAGAGUUUGUUCAGGUCUCAUCCAGAUGCUUGUUUGGUUAUUGUUUCUAAUUCCAUGGAUUCUGAAAGUGGGAGUCUUGUUUUAAAGCCAUUUUUGGAUAAACGGUUUAAAUUGAUUGCUAUUAAGCCUGAUUUUGAUUAUUUAUUCAAGGACACUCAUGCUGAGAAAUGGUUUAAAGGGUUAAAGAAAGGGAAUGUUAGCCCUGGAGAAGUUUCUUUGGGUCAAAACAUGUCUAAUUUGCUUAGGCUUGCUUUGUUGUAUAAGUUUGGUGGUAUUUAUAUGGACACUGAUGUGAUAGUGUUGAAGAGAUUUACCAAAUUGAGAAAUGUUAUAGGGGCACAAACUAUUGAUCUUGAAACUAGGAAUUGGAGCAGAUUGAAUAAUGCUGUGUUGAUUUUUGAUAAGAAGCAUCCAUUACUCUUCAAAUUCAUCGAAGAAUUUGCACUCACAUUUGAUGGAAACAAGUGGGGUCACAAUGGUCCUUAUCUGGUUUCAAGAGUUGUUUCGAGAGUCAAUGGAAGGCCUGGGUUUAACUUCACCGUACUGCCUCCUCCUGCAUUUUAUCCGGUGGAUUGGAGUCGAAUUAGAAGUUUCUUUAGAGGGCCUAGAGAUAAGGUUCACUCUACAUGGUUGCAUGAAAAACUUGAGCAGAUUAAAAGUGAAAGUUUUGCAGUUCACUUAUGGAACAAGCAGAGCAGGGAGAUUAAAGUGGAAAGUGGAAGCAUAAUCAAUUAUAUAAUGUUGGAUUGUUGUGUCUUCUGCAAUUCUUCCAGCUCGAGUUUGUAAAUUAUCAUAGAAAAAAAUGAUGGAAGUUGAAGUGUUGAAGAUUUAUUUCUUGCUGUGGUUAUGGACUAACUCAAUCCAUUCCACCAUUACAGUGUUGAUGAAGUUUGAAGAAAGAACCCAUCGGGUUUUUUCUUAUUAUUUAUUUGAUGUGUAUCUUCUUCCAAGAUAUGAAAAUGGAAUCUAAUAAGAACCUUCUGUA